AUGCCUAAUUCUGCUUCAUUGUCCACAUACACGACCAUGAUGAGGGUCAACUCCAAAGGGAGACCUUAUGCUAAAGAUCUGUUUGAUAUAUAUUCAGCGUUACUGAUACAGCAGCCAUUGACAGACCACCGAUCCUUGUUUCGCACAUAUCCGUCCACAUAUACCACAGACGAAGCUGUCGAAAGUCUAGGCAAUUUGGAGUUUACACACCUUGUAUCGACGCCAAACCCGCUAGAUGCCAGUAAUCCCAUACUGACACGCACCACAACCACAUUCAGCAUGUCCCGAGCCAUGGCGAAAACGCUAGGUCAGCAUUUCAUAAAUGCUCGGCUCACUGAAAAUGCCACAGAUCCACAGAAUCGAACAAUGAAAGAUCGCGGUAUCUGGUCACCUACGCCCAAGGGCAAAUAUAUGAUUCAAGACUUUAGUCGUCGUGCUCGGGUGCCCAUCAAGCACAUGCAACCACACUUGGCUCCUAUCCAGACUUUCCCCAUCGUGCAGUUUGAGCGGCUGCUGGAUGACGACCAGAUAUCAUUUUCCAGACAAAAUAUGAUUGAAGCAUUCAAGACAAUGAUGGAGUGGCUGCCCACAGAUACCAUUUUGUUUGACGAUGUCGCUGGCGUGAGUAAUGAGAAUGUCGCGCAAUACAAGGACGCAUUUUACGGGUAUCAAUGCUUUGAAUGGAUCAGUGAAUACACCAGUGUGGUUUCCAGUGAGGAAUCUGAAAUGAUUGCUGCUGAAUUCGUGCAAUACGGCUGGAUGCUGCAGAUAUUGGACAAAUCAGACAAGCUCUCUGUCAGAAAAGACGAAUCGACACUGUUCAAAUACGACAAGCGGACACAAUACUAUUUGACAGAAAAGGGAAGACAGACCCUAGAGGCAAACCGAUUUCUACAUGGCAGCUCGUCCAAUCAUGGCAAUCACCAUGCUGUUCCAUCCUCCAGAUCGAGAACCCAGAGUUCCGCAACCACCACCAACACAGCAACAAGCAGUGGCAGCAGUAGUAGCAGCAUCAAAACAAACAAUUCAGCGCCACCACAAACACCAUUAAAAGCAAUCAACCUUAAUAAACCAAAAAAGGAGGAGUAUGCAAGUCGAUUGUUGCCCACCACGGCGGUUACCCCAUUGCCCGAUUCGACGAUUGUCAUACCCAAAGCUAUCAUCACCAAACAAAAAUCAGUCGUUGGUCAAACGCCCUUGCCAGCUUCAUCAAAGGACAUGCAAGUAACUUGCUCAUCUGAAUCCAUGCUGCAAAUUGAGAACGAUUCUUGUGAUUUUGGCUUUUCAUCAGCACCUUCAACGACAUCUUCAGCAGCAACGACAGUCCCGCUACCAGCACCAUCGCUUUUGGCAGGCAUUGAGGAUGAUCACAAAAGUGAAGAAGGUCAAAAUUUGCAGGAAAGAUUAGACCAACUAAGAUUGCACAACAGAAGCGAUUCCGGCACUGCCUUGUAUGCAUCGUCAGAGCAUUGUCAACAACAUCAGCCCAAUUCUCAGCAUGCUCGGCUUGAAAGCAUUCUUGAGGAUCCGCUGAUCCGCAUGCACUUUCGCCAUUUCCUCAAGUCAUGCUUCUGCGAAGAAAACAUCAACUUCUGGGUUGAUUAUACUGCUUUGAUCAAGAAGCUAGGCUAUGUGAGUGAAGACAAGAAUACCAUCAGGCCUGAAGAAAUUCUCUCUUUGCCGUCAAAGCUAUGUGACUCGCUGCUUGUCCAUUGUUGCUCCAUCUACAACAAUUACUUUUGCCCUGAAAAUGCACCAAGCGAGCUGAAUAUCGAUCAUGGCCUUCGAUACGACAUUGUGCAGUACAUGCAAGCUACAUUUACAAGCACUGUAUACUCUUCAGACGAGGAAAAUGCCAACACAAAGGCUGUAGUGGCUGAUGCCUCCAACGUUCCAUUUGGUUCCAUUUCGGUGUCAUCGCACGGUAUACUGUCAUCAACUGCCAUGUCCUCCUUCAGGAGAAGGAAAAGAAGAGCCAAAAAAAUCAGUCUGGGCGGUGGAACAGGUGUCAACGGCAAUAGCAGCGAUCUCAGUGGUACGAGUGGAGCAAGUGUGGAUGACUUGCUGCUUUUAUCCAUUCGAGAUGGCAUCCAAGAUUCGCCUCAGACAUGUCUCUACAAAAUCUUGCAUUUAUACGACCAAGCCAAUACCCAUAUUUGUCGUAUCAUGGCGCAAGAUUCUGUGCCCAGGUUCAUGAAAACGCAAAGGUACAAAGAGCUGAUGAAAUCGUAUUAUUUAUCGCUCGAGGAAAGGCAAAAGAAGCUCGAUAUGCAUGGCGAGGAUGUUGCGGAAGAAAACGACGAAGAAUAUGUUAGUGAUGAAUAG